AUGGCGGCGGCGGCGCGCGCGAUCGGUCUCGCGUCGCGCGCGACGCGAUGCGAGCGACGCGGCGACGGCGCGGGCGCGACGGCGUCGACGCGAACGGCGCGGACGCGCGCGCGCGACGCGCGGGCGCGCGCGAGGGCGACGCGCGCGACGAGCGGGAGCGGAGGAGGGAAGGGACGAGGCGGGGACAUUCAACGCAUGCUGGCGAACGCGGACUCCGCGGAGGCGGCGCUGAGAGUCGUGGAGAGCGACUUGGACGCGUUCGAUGCGGUGCACGCGGCGACGGCGCUGCACCGAGUGGCGAAGUUCUCGGCGCCGGAGUCGAGACUGGAGCGGGACUUUUCGCGCGCGGAGGGAUUGACGAACGACGGAAGGUUUAGAGCGUUGGCGGCGAGCGUGGCGACGCGCGUGGAUGAGUUUGACGCGUUUGGAUUGGCGAACGUGGCUUGGAGCUUCGCGAAGAUUGGAUACACGCCGAGUCAAGAGACGCUGGGGGCGCUCGCGGCGCGGUUGGAACGCGAAGUGUCCAAGCAAGGGGCGAGGCUGAAACCGCAGUCGUUGAGCAACGCGACGUACGCGUUCGGGCGAAUGCGGUUCAAACCGCCGAGAUCGACGCUCGAAGCGCUGUGUGCGGCGACGACGAGAGAGAUGGGCGAGUUCAGGGCGGACGAACUUUCGGGAAUGCUGCUCGGAUUGGCGCAUUUGGAUCACGUUCCCGACGCGGCGUUCUUGAAAGCGUCGACGGAUUUCAUCGCGAAGAAUUUGCGUAGAUUCGAUGAUGCGGCAUCGUGUAACGUGCUUUGGGCGUUCGCACGAAUGGACAAAGCGCUACCGCGCGAUGUCAUCGACGCUUUGCUCAUACAGCUCGCGUCGCAGAACUUGGGAGGCGCGAACAGCCACGUCAACGUGCCCAUGUGCAUGUACGCGUGCGCUCGACUGAGUCACCAGCCUUCGCCCGCUUUCGUCAAGGCUAUCGACGCAGAGAUUCCGCGAUGCGCUCGAAGAAUGAAUAUUGGGUCGCUCGAUUCGAUGUUUUGGGCGCUAGGUACCUUGGGUGGUGCCGGCGAAGGUCAGCUCGAGCUCAGCGCCGAAUCGUACGAAGCUUUGUGCGCCGCCGUCACCGUCAAACGCGACAUCGACGCCGAGCUCGUGUCCAAAGUAUUCUGGGCGCUCGCAAAAGUGAAUUUUCGCCCCUCCGACUCCACUCUCGUCGCUCUUGGCCGAAUGGCGAAGUCGCGUGGGAAGGAGCUUGAGGAUGAAAACGUCCUUCUCAUCAUGCACGCGUGGGGCGUGUUGCGCUGGAAUCCUGGCGACGACGUCGUCGAAGAGUACGUCGGGCGCUUCGUAGAUGAUGAAACACAACGAUUGAACGCUGGACAAGCGGCGAAGUUAUUGUGCGCGUACGGUCGAGUGCGAUGGCUACCGCCCGCCGCACACGCAGACGCGCUCCUGGCGCUACUUAUGCAAGAGGCGGCGGGCGGAAACUUGCAUCCGGCCACGGCAGUUCUCGGUUUGUGGGGCGCAUCCUUACUCGGAUUAAAGCUCGAAACAUCACAGCUCGAUGUUUUGGCGCAAAACACAAUCACACAGAAGCUUUCGCCGCGAUCGCUCGCCAAGUGCGUGUGGUCGCUCGCCGCCUUGGGAUACGAUCCCACGCCGGUGGAUUUGGCCGACCUCAAGCGCGCGACGGACGAGGCCUGGGGCAAGCUUCCAAUAAAAGAUCAAACCGCGUUAAAACAAGCGAUGACUCGACUGGGAGCCUAA